AUGGAAAAUGGAAGAUGGAGAUAUGGAAAAUGGAGAUACUAUUUACCGGAUGGUAAAGUGAAGUUUUGCGGUGGCGUCGAAACAGAUCCGCCACCUUCGUCUUCACUACAGAUAUCAAAAAAUAAUAGCAAAAUGUCUUUCUUCCUUCGUCAAUCCAUUAGAGCUGCUCGUCCAAUCUCAAUUGCAGGACCUGCUAGACGAACAUUUGCAAAUUCGAGUGUGAGAGCUUUGAAAGAGAGUAAUAAGGAUACCCCUGAUACAGCUGCCGAAUAUGAAAAACACAAGCAAGACCAAUUGGCUAAACAAAAAGAAGGCAAGAAUCACUGGCAAGCGGAGCUGGCUAGUAAUAGUGAAGAAGCUGUAGCAGCAGAUCGCCACGAACACUCCGAUCACUCUCCCGAGGGGAUCAAGGAAUUACAGAAGAAGACUGAGAAACAUGCUCAGGAGAAACAUAAGAGUAUGUGA